AUGUCUCAUCAGUACGACCCGGCAUUCAGUAAGGCAAAAGAAAAAAUGCCACUGAGUCUUUGCCUUCUGGUCCCUGUUUCAUUCUGGGACGUGGAGGUAUUAGUUCCACCUUUUUUUCGUACCAAACUCAAGAAGCUUGUCUCUGGUCAUGAGGCCAUUGUUUAUGGCGAGCCAAGCUAUAAAGGAGUAGCGAGGCACUGCACCUUUGAACCAAAUGAGGCUGGACCAAGAUACCACAGGCUUGCAAGACCUGAUAGAAUUCCAUGUAGAGGCAAGACUGAAGUUCCCAGAGGGUGCAGGGGUUCAAACGAUUUUAUCAUCCUGACUACUCCGCAGCCGGGGAAUGGAAGGAAGGAAUCUCCAGCGAUAAGAAGAUCAGAGAUAGAGAUCCACCAUCGAAAGGAAAGGGCGGAAGCUCUGCAUUUGUCACAUGGUCUGUGCCUCUCUCGCAGAUCAGUUCACUUAUGUCGGCGGCGAGCCUUACGGAGGGCAUCUAGGACCCGCCUUCUACGGAUGGGUCUUCAAGCAUUAUCCAUCCCUUGCUCCCGGCGCAGUAAGUCUCCCGCUGCACUAUGGGGCUGGAGAGAGAAGCGAUGCCGAGUCACCGAUCCCAUCGAAAUGGCCCAGACACUAGACACUAAAUUCCAUCCAGCCUGGUGUCCACGUUCCAUUGCGCUGGUGUCGAUGAUCUCGAAAGACCGCGUCGGGGACGUUGAAGUGCAUUAUUACGGCAUAGAGCAAGAGGAGCGUGGGGUUGUGCAGCUGGGGCAUACCCUUUCCGGGUACUGCUCAUCUGUAAACACAAUUAUCCGCAACCCAAUUUGGCCUUGCGCAAGACGGCUGCUGCUCGACCAAGCUGCUCCAAUGUUCGAGCCGAUAAAUGUAUCAGAGUGUUCGAUGGUUUGCUGCCUCAGCCAUCAUAAGACUUCGAAGAUCAAAAUCUUCAGCGAGGCACACCCGGACCUCAUGAACCGCUAUCUGUAUCCAUACCUUGUUGGGUUCGCGCACAAGAUUAUUCUGCCCUACAUGGAUAGACAACCCCGGUGGGUGGGCUCGUGGAAGGAUGCAUACAAGGCGGCUGUAACAUCCAGCGAACUCAUGCGGGGAAUUUCUCCAAACUGUAUCUACCCGCGUGAGUGGAUUGUCAGGGCAGCGGUAAUGGCAGCUGAAGCGGGAAAGCCAGACCCGAAGAUCUCCUUCAUUCAACCGGAAGGGGAGAGGGGAACUUGGCGUCUGGACGAGGAGGAACUGGCCAAGGCACGGAGGGCGCUACAAUCUCUCGAGGAGUUCUUGAAGGAGAGAGAGGAUGAAUCUGCUACUCUUGCCGGCCAGCUCGCAGAGAGGGAGGCAGCACAUGAGGCCGCCACCCAAGAACUUGCCGAGUUGAAUGAGGCCUUGGGGGAGAAGAGGCGAACGCUGGAGAUGCUGGGUUCGGGACGUAAGAAGAAGACACCAUUCGCACAGCGAUCAUUGUAA